GUGAAAAUGGCGGCGAACGAUCUACUGUAUUAACUUUGUCGUGAAUUCACACAGUGGAGCCGUAUUAAUAAUGCUUACUUUCACUCAGAACAGAAAGUUCACUGAGAAACCUAGCCGGACUACACAUUUUAAUAUUAUACAGUAAACGAGGACUAUUUUAACGACUGGAUUUUCCCCACUCUGAUUCCGAGUUUAAGUGUUGUGCAAAUAUGGUUUUAUUUAAAACUUGAUCGACUGUUAGCUUACGUUGCUCGAUAAAUAUACGCACUGUUACAUUGAAAUAUGAGACGUACAUAUGUAUAAUCAAGGCCCCAUAUCGCUAUGUAAUUUUAUUUGUGCUACGGCGGAGUUUCUUUAUCAGCUGGUUAACGGUAACGUUAUUGGUUGGUUAGCUCGUGUUGAUGCUCGUUCAUUCUCUACUUCGCGGCGCUUAGCUUGACAGAUUAGCAUUGCUUUAUAUCACAUCUUUCCUUUUCUAGUUAUCUUUCCUGAGAAUUUAACGUAUUACGAAUGUAGUGUUUAUGUCCAAGUUUAUAUUAACGAAGAGUUUGUUGAUAUUUUUUAAAUACAAUUUUUAACUCCGUUUUAUUAUAACAACGUAACUUUAUGUGCUGUGUUUAUCUAAAGUAUCGUACUUCGGUUUAACGGAGCGUGUAGCAAAGUGAUUUUCCGCCACAGUUGUGGUUCUAUUAAACGGAAUUAACAAAGAGAAGCGCGCUCGCAGGAUCGGCACGCGCCCGUGCUGCUGCGGGCAGCGCUCGAGUCUCCUGUCUGACAAUGGACGAGUCCAAACCGCGCUACAGCAAGCGAUUGCGGUCUGGCACACGGCGACGUUACCAGGACGAUGGCAUUUCUGACGAUGAGAUCGAUGGAAAGAGGACAUUUGAUCUGGAGGAGAAGCUGCAUAGUAACCGCUUCAGCUCCGACAGGGUCAAACGCAUGGAGGGAAAAGAUUUCACCUACGAGUACAUCCAGAGAGGGGGGCUCAGAGACCCCAUCAUCUUUGAGAGACCUGACGGGCUUGGCAUUGUAAUGCCUGAUGCAGACUUCGGUGUGAGUGAUGUAAAGAUGUUUGUAGGAAGUCGACGCAUAAUUGAUGUAAUGGAUGUGACUACUCAGAAGGGGACAGAGAUGUCAAUGGCCCAGUGGUGUCGAUACUAUGAGACUCCGGCUUCCCAGAGAGACAAGCUUUACAAUGUUAUCAGCCUUGAAUUUAGCCACACUAAACUAGAGAGUCUUGUCACGAGACCUGCAACGGUGGACAUGAUUGACUGGGUGGAUAACAUGUGGCCACGGCACUUAAAGGAAAGACAACGAGAUUCCACAAAUUCCAUUAUGGAGAUGCAGUACCCAAAAGUGCAAAAGUACUGCCUAAUGAGUGUGCAGGGCUGUUUCACAGAUUUCCACAUAGACUUUGGCGGCACUUCUGUCUGGUAUCACAUACUGCGGGGAUGCAAGGUGUUUUGGUUAAUCCCUCCCACACCACAAAACCUGGAGCUAUAUGAGAACUGGGUGUUGUCAGGGAAACAAGGGGACAUCUUCCUCGGUGACAGGGCCACUGACUGCCAGAGGAUUAAGCUCAAGCAGGGCUCCACUUUCAUUAUACCAUCAGGAUGGAUCCAUGCGGUUUACACACCUGUGGACACACUUGUGUUUGGAGGAAAUUUCCUUCACAGUUUUAACAUCCCCACGCAGUUGCAUAUCGCCAGCAUUGAGGACAGGACAAGGGUGCCAGUGAAGUUUCGUUAUCCCUUCUAUUACGAGAUGGGGUGGUACGUGUUGGAACGUUAUCUUUAUAGUCUAACCAACACCUCCCACCUCAUCCCAGAGUACCAGAAAUACUCUCUUGGGAUCGGCUAUAAGCAGGAAAGCUCAGGUUGUGAAGUACUUAAUGGCCAUGCUAAAGAGGAGAGAGAUGACAGCAAUGUUCCAUCUCCUCCGACUGGACCAGGGGUGAAAGUUCACCUGACGCCUUUAGAGCUGGAGGGUCUUUGGAACCUGGUGGGGAGGUUGGAGGCUCUGCCUGCACAUAAGAAAUGUGUGCCUUCAGGGAUACACAACGCCGCGGCCCUGCUGCACGACAUUCGGGCGUUGUUGAAGGAACAUGCCAAUGACAUCCCCAAACUCUCCUACACUGGAAAACCUAUUGUCAGAUGGCCGAAGAGACCCUCCUGGUAUCAGCCUCCACCCCCCCCUCCACCUGUUAUUCGUCCAAAGCUGGCAACCACGCCAGUAAUUGCACGGCCAGUGAAACCAGCCUCCAACAUGUCAGUACUGCGACGGCGACGCGUGCGCUGUAAACGCUGCGAAGCCUGUCUGCGCACAGAAUGCGGCGACUGCAACUUCUGCAGAGACAUGAAGAAAUUCGGUGGGCCUGGCAAGCUCAAACAGACCUGCGUCCUCCGUCAGUGUCUCGCUCCUGGUCUGCCGCUCUCCGCUGUAUGCGAGAUCUGUGGAGACGGAAACCAGGAUACUGGCGACGAGCUCAUGGAGUGCUCCAACUGUGCACAGAUUGCACAUCCUGGCUGUUUGAAGGUGUCAGGUGAGGGAGUGGUGAACAAAGAUCUACCCAGCUGCUGGGAGUGUCCCAAAUGUGUUCUCGGCAAAGACACAGAUUCUGAGUCGUCAGGCAGCGGUGAUGACAUCACAGCACAGGAUGGGUCAGGGGGUGGGGCAUGGCACGGGGUCGGGCGGCCCCCCUCUUCUCUCUCCCACGGGUCGCUCCAGAAACGGGCAGCGGCCCCUGAGCAGCGGCUCAGGAAGAGGAUAAAAUUAGAGGGAGCAAAAGCACAUAAACGCAAAACAUCUCUUGAUCCUCGCGUGGCUAAGAUCUACCGCCGUCAUGGCAUGGAUCACGACGAUGAUUCGGGCAGCGACGACGAUGAUGAUGAUGGAGACAGUGGGAGAAAGAUGUCUAUUCACCCCAGAAGCGGCGUCUCCUCAUCCCGCAGAGGUUACGGAGCCAGCAGGCGAGGCGCUUGGAGAGGCUCCACACAUCGAGGGAAUCGAGGAGGAGGCAGCCUGGCAACAAGCUCUCUGAAAAUGAGGCGGGGACUCGGGGCGAGAGGAGAGAGAGGGGGACGGGUUAGGCUCAGAGGAGGAUCUCAUAUGAGGAGAAGACGCUACGAAACGGAUGACGACGAUGAUGAUGAUGAUGACGACGACGAUGAUGAUGACGACGAUGAGGAUGAUGACGAGGAGGAAGACGACGAUGAGGAGGAUGAUAGUGAUGAUGAAAGGCAUCUGAGCCGAUCUGAGAAAGAGCACCGAUCACGAAGGAGACGACGCAGAGGCGAGGACUACGAGGACGAGGAUGAAGACGAUGACAGCGAGGAGCGUGACUUUGAUGGAGAGGAUGAGGACAUGGAGGAUAUGGAUGAUGGAGGGGAGGGAGAUGAAGAUGAUGAGCAGAACCAAUCAGAUUCUGACGGUGAGCCACCCGUCCUGCUUGUCUCCGACUUGAAUGAUGACCUGCUGAAUGAUUCCUACCUGACUGUGACUCUUCAGCGGCCUCCAAAAGCCAAACGUGAUGCAGGAUCCAUCGUACCCAAAUUGGAGGCUGCGAUGUCUCCCCGUACACAUAGCACCAAAACGUUGCCCAGGACGCGGCUCAGGAACAGCAAUUCAACGCCUGCCGGUAAUGGACUGACUCAGUCUAAAGGGCCCGGCCGCCACACAAGGCGGAACUCGAGUCAAGAGGGCAGAGAGAGAGACACUCCAUCACCUUCCUCAAUGUCUUCUCGUUCUUCUAUUUCUCCGCCGCCGCCUCCUCCUUCCGUCACUACAAGCUCUCCUCCUUCACUUCUCUCUCAUCCAUCAUUCCGGGAUGUAGGAAACGAGCGAGGCUGUGAAAAAGACAUUUGGGUGUCUGUGUUUCGUUACUUGAGUCGGACUGAUUUGGCUGUGUGUAUGAGAGUCUGCAAGGCUUGGUACAAAUGGUGCAGUGAUAAGCGCUUGUGGACACGGAUAGAUCUGAGCCGCUGCCGAUCACUAAGCCCCCAGGGUAUUUUGGCCAUCAUUAAACGUCAACCUGUGGCACUUGAUCUCUCCUGGACACCUGUAUCAAAGAAACAGAUCGCCUGGCUCAUCCAUCACCUACCAGCUCUGAAAGAUCUCAUUUUGUCUGGUUGUUCGUCAUUAUGCGUGUCUGCAUUAAGUUCCCAGAGUUGUCCGAGUCUGCGAACGCUUGACCUGUGUUGGGCAGUGUGUGUCAAAGAUACACAAAUAAAAGACCUAAUAGUGCUGCAAGGCAGUGAAAGUCGAAGUCGGCUAAGAAGUUUACUUAAUCUACGCCUGUCUGGUUUGGAUAUAAGUGACUCCACUUUGAAAUUGAUCGUCAGACAUAUGCCUUUACUGAGGCGGUUGGACUUGUCUCACUGCCAGGAGCUCACAGACCAGUCCAUAAACCUGAUCACGGCUUCUGGCUGCAACACCCGCAACACGCUCAGACAGCUCAAUCUUGCAGGUUGUAAUAAGUUGACGGAUGCUUGUCUGUCAUAUAUGAAGCGAUUAUCAGCUUUGGCUUUGUUGGACCUGCGGGGGUGUAAGAACGUGACUCGCCGCGGCUGUGAAAACUUUAUAUCUGAUCUGUCUUACUGCACUAUCUUCUGUCUUACUGAAGACAAACUCAUUCAGAGAAUAUCAUAACGUACAGAAACACUGUCGCCGCAGCUCUGCCUUGCGAGCUGACAAGGGCUCCAUCCAACUGAACACAGGCUGAUGUAGCCUGAAUGUAUAAGGCUGAAGAAAAGAGAAAGAUGGAGGGAAGCCGCCACUGAUCUAGGUGAAAGGGUAUAAACAAAUGUGAGUGAAGUGUGGAGGUUUGGACUCCUACAUCCUACGAGACGGAUCCAGACGCAUCCAAAGUGUGGCUUUUUUCUUUGGGCAUUCAGCCUCAUCCAAAGUGACUUCUUUAGGAGAUUUCCAAAGCUUAUGCCAAUGAGCUUGACACUUAAUUGAGUAAACAAGGAAGAGAACAUCGUGAGAUUUUGGGUCCAGUGGACCUGUUGGCUUGUGAGGAGUUUGUGGGGAAAGAUAGUGACUGAUAUCGUGUAUACGGCCACAACCUGUUGAACAAAGAAUGUAGUGGCAUACACUUGCCAUCAGAGUAUGAUUGUGAAUCAUAGGUACUUCAGCCUACUAAUUCAGUCAUACUAGGUGACUUGACUUGGAACACGCAUUUCAGUCGUUCAUGGUUUUGCAGCCUUUACAUUCGUGGACACACCCUAAAGCAUCAAUGAAAGACUUUUUACUCGUUCCUGCUAAAAUAUCUCUUUUUAUGUUUUUGUUUAUCUUAUUGUUCAUUUGCUUGCCGCUACCCCACACAGCCAACCCACUUGCAUUCUCACGUCCUGUCUUGGAACAGGUUGUUCAUGUUCGGCUGAAUAUCUUAGUUACCCUUGGAAAGCUGUAACUUAAAUGCAACUUGUAGCACCAAAAUAGCAAUUAUUUUUUGAAGACUUUUAAAAAUGGAUGUUCAUUUUGUUUCGUUUUUUCAUGAAAAAGCAGAAAAUAAAAAUUGUGGAAAGAAAACAUCAAA